AUGCCUCCACCGGCCCAGCCUCGUUCGUCUCUUUUGUCAACUUCAACUACAACCAGCAUGAAACAUCAACAUAACAACAUAACAUCGACAGCAACGUCGGUCCACAUCAAUUGGCAUCAGCAGCAACCUCAAUUCAUCCCAAGACACCACGCAGGUAGCCCUGUAGCCAUAGCCAUAGCCAUGUUCAGACUCCCCUUCUCCCGGGCUUCGGCUUCGGCCUCUCUCUCUGUCUCUGUCUCUGUCUCCCGCGCAUUUCACUCCUCCCGCCCGCUCGCCGUCAGCCAGGGCGACAGCAUCCCCAACCUCGACGUCCUGACUGAGAACUCGCCUGGAAACAAGGUCAACCUCGCCGCCGAGCUGGCCUCGGGCAAGGGCGUCAUCGUCGGCACUCCCGGCGCCUUCACACCAGGAUGCUCUCUCUCGCAUGUACCAGGCUUCCUCAACCACCCCAAGCUCAAAGACGCAGGCAAGGUCUUCGUCGUCUCGGUCAACGACGCUUUCGUAACCAAGGCGUGGGGUGAAUCGCUUGACCCGCACAAGAAGAGCGGCGUUCGCUUCCUCGCCGACGCCUCAGGCGAGUUCAACAGGCAGAUGGACCUGCUCUUCAGCUCGGCCAAGGUCUUCGGCAACGACAGGAGCAAGAGGUACGCCCUGGUCGUCGAGGACGGCAAAGUAGUCAAGGCCUUUGUCGAGCCUGACAACACCAGCGUUGAUGUCUCCCGGGCUGAAAAGGUGCUGGGAUAG